AUGUUUUGUGCUAUGUUCUCGAAAAAAGAACAAAUGAUGAUGAACAACACAUGGAAUUGUAUACUACAUAUCAACAAUUCGAUUGUAGGAGAAAGAUUUACCGAGGGUUUGGAUUCUUUCAAGUGCUUUUUUCUCAAUGGUGCUUAUACCGACCAAUUCUUGAUGAAUUACUCCUUGAUGGAUUUUCCAAACACCUUGGAGAGUGAGCGAGAGAAAAGAAUGAAGAAUAGUCUAAAUAGGAGUAAAGGUCACGGGAUUACCUAA